AUGGCCCGCGAUAUCUAUCAAUCGCAACCACUACAUGCAGAGCAACAACCCUCGUCUUCUAAUGGAGACACCUACACAAUUGACAUAAUCAACCUGAAUAACCUCCUCGCCCGCCUAGAGCAGAACAUAUUUUUAUCUUCGUCAACAGAGCACCGACUUAUACAGCAAUCUCAUCUUGAAUGCGUACGAAUAGGCGCUAAUAUCGACUAUGCGCAAACACUUAUAAAGAAGAUUGACCGCUCAUUACCGGCAGUAAAAGCACCCGCGAUACGGCACGAGCGAACAACAGAUCUCACAAAGAAGAGAGGAAGAUAUGAGAAAAUCAAGGAGAGAUUCGAUUGGAUCAAAGAGGAUGUCGAGAGGAGGAUGGGUCGAGAUGAUGAAGAAGAUGUACAAGAUAUUGACGAGGAGGAUGAUAUAUGGGAGGGAAUAGCGCCGGUUGAAAAGAGAGCAGCGGUAGCAGAACUCGAACCCGAGGUUCCGAAUAAUCUCAUCUCGUCGGAAGAGACAACUACAAUACGACAACGCCGUCCUGAUAAAACUUCUUUGCCUCCUACAACCUCAUCCACAACCGCAGCCUUGGCCAGCGGAACAUCGACGUCAACAUUCCCCGGCCCAAAACCCACACCAGCAACAACAGCACCGCCAAUCGACACAAAAGAAACAGCUCUCGCCACCCACCGCACCGAACAAGAAUCCUUGACAACUAGCCUUUUAACGCUAGCCACCCAACUCAAAUCCUCCUCCGAAGCAUUCCAGGCCUCGCUCGAAAAUGAAAAGGGAAUCCUUAACAGAGCCGUGGAAGGGCUGGAUCGGAAUAUGACUGGAAUGGAAGCUGCGGGGAAAAGGAUGGGAGUGUUGAGACGAAUGACUGAGGGGAGAGGGUGGUGGGGGAGGAUGAUGAUGUAUGCUUGGAUAUUUGGGUUGUGGAUUGUGGCGUUGGCAAUUGUAUAUUUGGGGCCUAAGUUGAGGUUUUAA